AUGGGAUCUUCUCGAGCAGUUGUGCAGUCUCUUGACAUUCUAUUAGCUCCAUCUCAGGGUCCAUAUUGGUGCAGUACCUCUCAAUUAGGAGACCUGAUCUUGACAGAUAAAGUAGUUGAUGGAAUUCUCGGAUUUGGUCAACAGAGACUAUCAAUAAUAUCUCAACUUUCUUCACAUGGAAUUUCUCCGAAAUCAUUUUCACAUUGUUUAAAAGGAGAGGGAAGCGGUGGAGGGAUAUUAGUGCUCGGUGAGAUUUUGCAUCUGAGUAUGGUCUAUACUCCCCUUGUUCCAUCAAAGGGUCAUUACAAUGUGUAUUUGCAGAGCAUUUCUGUACAUGGAAGAAUUUUACCUAUUGAUCCAAAAGCUUUUGCAAACUCAGGUGAUCGAGGAACUAUAGUUGAUUCCAGUACAAGUUUAGUUUAUCUUGUCACGGAAGCUUAUGAAUCAGUUGUCAAUGCUUGUGAACCUGCACAAGUGUUCCCCUGCCAGCAAGAAUCAUUUUCACCAUCCAACAAGCCUGAGUUGAAAUAUUCAUAG